AUGCCUGGUUUCAUAUUGGAUUUGGAUCCAAUUGUUGUCCCAUGGAUGCUGCUACCCAAGCCUUUCAUUUUAAAGGCACAUCAUAACAGGGCACACCAAGGUGAUUCUUACGUGGCACUUGAAAGGACAGAUGAGUCAUUGGUGGAGGGAGGUCAUCAUGGCUCCCAUGAUCAUGAAGAAGAGUUUGAGUUCAACGAAGUGUUAAGGUUCGAGAAGCUGGGACAGAUUGGGGGUGGGGGUGGUUGUAAAUGUGGUGAAAAUGUCGGCCCACCACUAAGGUCUAGCAAUUCUGCUUUACUUGCCCUAGCUGCUCAUGCUACUGAUCCUGAUGAAGCUGAGAGACUGAAAUCCCUUGCAUCUCGUGCUGGAAAGGAUGAAUAUGCUCAGUGGAUAGUGUCAAGCCAAAGAAGACUUCUUGAAGUCAUGGAGGCUUUCCCUUCAGCUAAACCUCCACUUGGUGUUUUCUUUGCAUCUGUUGCCCCUCGCUUACAUCCCAGAUACUACUCAAUUUCUUCCUCCCCUAAGAUUCAUGUUACUUGUGCAUUAGUGUAUGAGAAAACACCAUCAGGACGUGCCCACAAAGGAGUUUGUUCCACCUGGAUGAAGAAUGCAGUGCCAAUGACAGAAAGUGAAGAUUGUAGUUGGGCACCUAUUUUUCUUAGAACAUCAAAUUUCAGACUUCCAUCUGAUCCUAAAAUCCCAAUUAUUAUGAUUGGUCCAGGAACCGGAUUGGCUCCUUUUAGGGGUUUCCUUCAAGAAAGAUUAGCCCUAAAGGAAUCCAGAUCCCAACUUGGAUCAUCGGUUUUAUUUUUCGGAUGCAGAAAUCGCAAAGUAAGUUCUGAUUUUGUAUCCAAAGUUGUUGAUAUAGCCGUGAAAGAACUCAUUGUAGUUGCCACUAACAGAGAAGGGGCUACAAAAGGUGCUAGAGUUAGUGAUGAAAGACAAGGUUCAGAUUCAAAAAGUGUUGUAGAGCUAACAAAUGGUUCUUCAGAGAAUACUAAAGAGAAAAUCUUGCAAAGGAUAUUUUUUUUUUUGUUUUGCAGAGGAUACCCCUCACAUUUUCCCAAAUCACCCCUUCCUCUACAAUGUUUUUCUAAUUCUUUGUAUUUUAUGCAUCAGCUAAAGUUGAUGGAAGAAAGGAAUAUGAAGCCACUUGAUUCAAAUCUUGCAGCAUUAUCAGCAAGAUGCAGUAAAGACUUGGAGUUGAAUUUGGCUAAGUCAUUCUUGAGUGAGAUGGGCCAAUGUACAACUGUUUAUCCAUAUAAUCAGCUCCUUGGAGCAUUAGUCUUAAAUAAUUAUGAAAGGCAAGAUGCAACUUUACUUAGUUGGAAUUUGAUGUACAGAGUAGAUUAG